CAACUCUUCAGAAUCCUGCCGGUAGAAACAUUCCUUCAGAGUUCCCCUAGUGUUAGUCAUUCACUAUUUACCCUGUUAUAAUUCUCAGACUUAAUAACCAGAUGUGAGAGCAAAAGGAUCAUUUACCGCCACAUAACCGCCUAUUGGAACAGCACCAUGUCUGUGUUUUGAUAGUUCUGCUUGCCGUGUUGCUACUUUCAGCAGCAUUCCACUACACAUUGGUGGUCCAGCGACAGCCCCCUUCACAGACCCCCAUCCUUCCCAACCCACAGUCUGUGAGGGAAGCUAUACUAGAACAGAGAGAGAGAGAGAGAGAGAGAGAGACUUGACUCUGGCCACACACUGACAUGCUUUAAAAAGAGAGAGAGUGGAGAAAAGAAACGUCAGAGUGCAGAGAAGGAGGGAGGGUGCACUCUCUUUUGGAGGAGAGGGAAAGUGAGGGAAUCAUACAGAGGCAGAGGUACCCGGGAAAUAGAGGGAACAAAAGAGAGACUGGGGGUUUUUAUAAAUGGACAUGGAGGAUUCUGCCGGAGGAGCUCGUAAAGCCACCAAGAGUAAACUGUUUGAGUUUCUCGUCCAUGGAGUGCGUCCAGGGAUGACCUCAGGGCCACGGAUGCCCCAUCAAGGCGCUCCCAUGGGGCCUCCUGGUCCUCCAUAUGGGGGAACACCACCAAUUCGUGCAGGGAUGCCUAACUCAGCACUAGACCCCAAUCGAAAACGUCCUGCCCCAACCCCGCCAGUACAACCUCCCCCUGUCCCGAACCGUCCCAGAAAGAAACCACUUGGAUUUCCAGCAACAAAUGAGAUAUCUGCAAGACAGAUGGACAUGAGAGACGCCCAAUCAGAUCCUUCAAUUGGAUGCUUCAAUGCCAAGAGAAGAAAAAUGGCAGACAAGAUUCUCCCUCAGAGGGCAAACCAAAAAGAGUUAAUUCGUUAUGACAAGAUCCGGGAACUGGUGCCAGAGUCCCAGGCGUACAUGGACCUCCUGGCUUUUGAGCGCAAACUUGACCAAACCAUUAUGAGGAAGAGGGUGGAUAUACAAGAAGCCCUCAAAAGACCAAUGAAGCAAAAGCGUAAACUACGACUGUACAUUUCAAACACUUUCAACCCUGCCAAACUUGACGCAGAGGACUCUGAGGGCAGCAUUGCAUCCUGGGAGCUGCGUGUAGAGGGCAAAUUGUUGGAUGAUCCUGGAAAACAAAAGAGGAAGUUUUCGUCUUUCUUUAAGAGUCUUGUUAUUGAGCUGGAUAAGGAUCUGUAUGGCCCUGACAACCACUUAGUGGAGUGGCACCGCACUCCGACGACCCAGGAGACCGACGGCUUCCAGGUGAAGAGACCUGGCGAUGUGAAUGUGCGCUGUACCCUCUUACUCAUGCUGGAUUACCAGCCUCCUCAGUUUAAGUUGGAUCCUCGCCUUGCACGUCUCCUUGGCAUCCACACUCAGACCCGCUCCUGCAUCAUCCAGGCUUUAUGGCAGUACGUCAAGACCAACAAGCUGCAGGAUCCUCAUGAGAAGGAGUACAUCAACUGUGAUAAAUAUUUCCAGCAGAUCUUUGACUGUCCUCGUCUGAAGUUUUGUGAGAUCCCCCAGCGACUAACUAACCUUCUGCUGCCGCCUGAUCCUAUUGUGAUCAAUCAUGUUAUCAGCGUGGAUCCAAAUGACCAGAAGAAGACAGCAUGCUAUGACAUAGAUGUUGAAGUUGAUGAUCCUCUUAAGAGUCAGAUGAAUGGAUUCCUGCUGUCCACAGCCAAUCAGCAAGAAAUUGCAUCGCUGGACAACAAGAUCCAUGAAACUAUCGAGUCCAUCAACCAACUGAAGAUCCAAAGAGAUUUUAUGCUUAGCUUCUCAAGGGACCCCAAGGGCUACAUCCAGGACUGGAUCUGCUCCCAGAACCGGGACCUUAAGCUGAUGACAGACACUGUAGGAAAUCCAGAGGAAGAGAGAAGAGCAGAGUUUUAUAACCAGCCCUGGUCUCAGGAAGCUGUUAGCCGCUAUUUCUAUUGCAAGAUUCAGCAACGAAGACAGGAGCUUGAACAAGCUUUGGCAGUGCGAAACACCUAAAAUAGCACAGUUU